UAAAAAAUGCAGCAGUGCUACCCGACUCGGGAUAGGAGGGGCGUGGGGUUUAUUUUGAAAGUUCGUCCGCAAGCUUUCGUUAAUGUGUGGUGGCACGCUUGUUCGCUCACUUUUGAAAGUAGCAGGCUCCCACUUGGAAGUUUGUUGUGACUCGGUUUAGUCGGAUGUUUUGUGUUCCCUCCUUCCUUGUUUUCUCUCUCUCUCUCUCUCUCUCUCUCUCUCUCCCUUGCCUUUGGAUGACCGACGUUACCUCACCUCGCGGCCGGUUGGUCGAUCAGGGUCUCCCGCUGUCAAACUUAUAGUGACAUGAUUUGGCACACCGACGACGGAUGGACUUAAAGUUUUGGAAUUUUCAUCAUUUGGCGGCGACUACACACAUAAAGGACUAACUGCAACCACUUUUGAACAGGUUGUCAUUAACUUUGAAAACGCUAGAGACAUGCAAAAGUUAAAUUCCGCCGGCACUCACGACAGCAUGCUUCCCCGGGACGAGGAGCUCCAGCGGCGGUUAGCUGAUAGCGCAGGAUCCGGGGAAGGGAAGGAGAACGGAGCCGGGAAACAAUUCCUCUCCAAACCUGAGGAGACGAGCUCGUUUUGCACCAAGAGGAAGAUGCUUGUUUGUUUGGAUGUAUUGUGCCUUUGUGUCGCCUCCAUCCCAUUUCUUGCAUGCGAGCUGAAGGCUGUGACUCCGUACAAACGAGGCUUUUUCUGCGGAGACCCCAGCAUCACCUACCCCUAUGUAGAGAGCGAGGCCAUCCCUGACAGCCUGCUCAUCGCUGGAGGAAUCGCCAUCACUGGUGUAGCGAUCGCUUUAGGUGAAUGCUACCGUGUACGUUUCCGAGGCGUGCACUCACGAGCUUUUGUUCGCAACCACUAUGUGUCGUGCCUGUACAAGGAAUUGGGAAGCUUCCUGUUUGGUUGCUGUGUCGGUCAAUCUCUCACCAAUAUGGCCAAGCUAAGCGUAGGUCGCCUGCGACCCAGCUUUCUGUCUGUGUGCAACAUCACCUACGCAUCCAUCAGCUGCAAGGAAGGCAGCUACGUCUCUGCAGACGACUUAGUCUGCAAUCAGGAGAAGAAGAUUGUGGAUGAGGCAAGGAAGUCUUUUUUUUCCGGCCACGCUUCUUUCGCAAUGUAUACCAUGCUCUAUCUGGCAUUCUACCUGCAGGCACGGCUGUCGUGGCGAGGAGCUCGGCUAUUGCGCCCACUUAUACAAUUCCUCUUAGUGAUGAUCGCCAUCUACACCGGAUUGAGCCGCAUCUCUGACUACUUUCACCAUCCCACCGACGUCCUCACGGGCUUUAUUCAAGGAGGACUUACCGCAUACUGGGUGGCCUUCUAUAUCUCCCCCAUGUUUAAGCCCUGCGCCCGUUCCGACCAGUCUCCCACCAGUGUGUCCCUGGAGAGUCCACUGUCCAGCCAAACUGUGUGUUAGCAGGUGCAUGCAGUCAUUUCAGGAGUCAGAGGAGAGAAGAUGAACUGCAGAAAUACAGGGAGAGCAGUAGAUACACGUGAAGAGCACAAAGAAGAGAGAAACUUUAGUUUAGAAGAAGAUUGAGAGUACAAUCUAACAUGCUUAUAAUUUUGGGCAUAUUGAUAUAAAUGCAAACAUACAGUCAUCUAACAUAUAUAUAAAUACAAGAAGACUAUAAAUCAAACCUUCCCAGUGAAAAGAACUUCAUAGUAAUAUUAGAAAUAUUUUUUAUAUAUAUGAGAAAAGAUUAAAAAUGUUUAUUUUUCAAGAUGAUUUGUAGAAGCUGCUAAAGUUGAAAGUUAGUUUUCUUCUCAUAUGGAGGCCUUAGGCAAGUGCAUUUGGUUAGCUUUCAAAGCAGAACAGUCACUCCUUGGUCUUGGGUUAGCGAUGAGAAAAUGCCAGCCUUCUAUUUUUUUGUUUCUGAUUCCCUGCUCAUCUUGGAAAACAUCAGCCAGCAGCUGUGAACUGAGACCAUCGGACCUCGGAUGUAAAGACAGCUCUGUGCAAAGUGACAGAACAAGCACAGGUUUCAGUUCCUAAUGAUCUUUGCCUUCAUUCGCCCGAUGUGCCACUAAUCUAACAAGUCUACACUACAGCACUAUGACUACACAAUAACAUGCAUGUAAAGAACAGCAACAGUGUUUGUGAUAGAAUGCUAUCCUUCUCUUUUGAGUAACCAAGGCAGUGACUGGGAGCAAUCUGACCAGGUAACUUCCCUUCCCGUUCACUGCCACUUUUCUGCUACUAACCACUUUGAUCGUGUCUCAGAGGUGGAGUUUUGACUGAAUUUUUUAACCUCUGGCCUUUUGCCCCUGGACUCCAAACUCUGAGCUGCACCUUGAUUUAUGCCACUCAGUCAGGAGCCGUGUGGCCGCGAUCCCAGCGGCCCUCCUGUGCAUCUUUAUUAAUAGCACUUGAACAUAGUGGAACCCUCUAAUUGUAAUCAAUAUUAUAUAUUUUAUCACAAGUUUGAAUAAUCAGUGUUUAUUUUUGUUAAUGUUUGACUCAUACACUAUAUUCUUUUCUUGAAAGAUAAUUAUUCAAACUGAAUGUAAAUAGCAAUUUCAUUUUAUAAACCACAGAACCACAGAAUUUCAAAAGUAUUAGUUCAAGUUUAGGACAGUUUUUACAUGUUUAAGUGUUUGUAUUUACGUUGUAUGUCGAUCAGGUACAGAGUUGCUUGUGUACCUGUUGUAACUACUAGACUGAGCCACAGAUGUUAUCAGAAAGCUAUAUUUUUUUGUGUUCCCAGAUAUUUCUGUUUGUUUAUUUGUCUGUGAAUGCCACAAUGGCAGAAAUAACCACUGUACUCACAAGAAAACCAAACCAUUAAACCAUUGAAUGUUGAAUAUU